UACUGUAUAUAUUUAUAGAUAUUUGCUUUUAGACAUUGCUUUUGUCAUUAGAGAUGAGAAUAGAUCCAGGUCGCUGCUCGUGCGGUCUGCACGCUGAGCAGUAUCGUCUCGAUUUAUUGUUUUAAGUGUUUUUUUAACCCUUGUUGCUUUGUUUUCUUCCUUUAUAUAAUUCCACUACACCUUUUCCGUUCUAGGAAGUGGGUUUUGUGUUUUUUAUUUAUUCUUAAAAUUUGUUUAUUAUCGCUACUACACACAGCUUCCUUUUUGUUUUCCUCACACUUCGCGCAACUCAGGCUUUCUCCUAUCACUGGAUUACACCAAGUUAUGGAUAUCAAAGGACUUAUGCUGGCUGCUACGUGUCUGUUAUGGCUGUUUCUGUGGGAAUUUGAGCCCGCUGCUGCAAACAAAAGCUCAGAGUCUCCGCGGCUCACCUACACCAGAGACUACCUGCUGAAGCUAUGACUUUUAACACAGGACAUUAUUACGGACAGUUUUCCAGAGGAAAUACUCCACACAGACUCAUCCGAUCCACCAAAUUCCAACUGCAGCAAAAGCAAGAUGAAUCUUGCUGUCGUGCUCUCCAUCCUGCUGGUCAUUUCAGCGGUCCAGGCUUUCCAGUAUUCAGAGCUGGCGCGGUAUGUCGACAACCACCAAGAAGAAUAUGUUGAGGCUCUGCGGGAUUGGGUGUCAGUUGAAAGCGACUCCAGCAACGUUCUGAAGAGGGCUGAACUUCAUCGCAUGAUGGAGAUGACGGCUGAGAAGCUGAGGCUGAUGGGAGGGACCGUAGAGCUGGUGGACAUCGGGGAACAAGAACUUCCUGAUGGACGGACGUUAGCUCUGCCUAAAGUGGUGACGGGUCAGUUCGGCACCGACCCAAGCAAAGUCACAGUGUGUGUGUACGGUCACGUGGACGUCCAGCCAGCAAAGCUAGAGGACGGCUGGGCAACGGAUCCCUACAACCUGACUGACAUCAACGGUAACCUUUAUGGAAGAGGAGCGUCAGACAACAAGGCCCCAGUUCUAGCCUGGAUCCAUGCUGUGGGGGCUUACCAGGGUCUCAGCAUGGAGCUGCCAGUGAAUGUGAAGUUUGUCAUUGAGGGCAUGGAGGAGACGGGCUCUAACGGUCUGGACGGCAUGAUCCUGGCCCAGAGGGACACCUUCUUCUCUGACGUGGACUACAUCAUCAUCUCAGACUGCGGCUGGCGCAGCACACGGCCUGCCCUCACCUAUGGCACCAGAGGAAACUGCUACUUCUUUGCUGAGGUUGAAGGACCGAGACAAGACUUACAUUCUGGUGUUUAUGGAGGCACUGUGAUCGAACCAAUGACUGACCUCAUCGGUAUUCUGGACACGUUGAUCAACCCCAGCGGUAAGAUCCUGAUUCCUGGGAUCCGGGAGGCCGUUGCUCCCCUCUCUGACGAGGAAUGGAGGAUGUACCAGGACAUCGAGUUUGACUUGGAGAACUACAAGAACAAGAUCGGCAUUGGCCAGCUCAUGUACACCAACAAGGUUGACUUGUUGGCCCACAUGUGGCGCUACCCCACUGUCUCCAUCCACGGCAUCGAGGGGGCUUUCUCUGACCCCGGCACAAAGACGGUCAUCCCUGCUAAGGUCACCGCUAAGUUCUCCAUUAGACAAGUUCCCAACAUGGACCCAGCUAUGGUCAAAAAACAGGUGACGGACUACCUUCACUCCGUGUUCGCCAAGAGGAAGAGUCCUAACAAGCUGAAGGUCACCAUGGUCAUUGGGGCCAAGCCUUGGCUGGCUGACACGCAGCAUCCUCUGUAUGAGGCGGGGAAGGCUGCUGUCAAGAGAGUCUUUGACCUGGAUCCUGACCUGAUCCGUGAGGGCGGGACUAUCCCAAUUGCCAGAACCUUCCAGGAUGUGACGGGGAAAAGCAUCAUUAUGAUGCCCAUCGGAGGCUUCGAUGACGGGCUGCACUCCCAGAACGAGAAAAUGAGCAGGUACAACUAUUUUGAGGGGACCAAGUUAUUCAUCGCCUACCUGAACGAGGUUUCCAAGAUUAAGACCAGCGUGUGAUGUUUUGUGACCUCGUGAGCCGUCCCAGCUCCAAUGAUAUUUGUCUUCUGUGCAUUCAUCUUUCUUUUUAUCCAACUUUUAUUUAUCUAUACCUCAAAAACCUGAUCUAUCUAUCUAUCUAUCUAUCUAUCUAUCUAUCUAUCUAUCUAUCUAUCUAUCUAUCUAUCUAUCUAUCUAUCUAUCUAUCUAUCUAUCUAUCUAUCUAUCAUGAGUGAAUGUAACUGCACAGUCUGAGGUCGUUUGGUGUAGCUGUUCUCAUCACUCAGAUGUGUGUAUGUCAGGCAGUACUGUAAGUGUUUGUGUGUUUCUCUGCCAUGUAGUAAAAACUGUAGGAUGCAA